AUGCCGGGUUUCGGAGAAUCCCUCAUCGAGAAACUUAAGAAAAAUAUGCUCUUGUUCCCUGUAUUAAAAGAUCCAUUCUCCAAAAAAGGAUACGUAACUCAAGAUUUUAGCCUCCUCUUUGGUCCAGAAGUUGCAUCCAAACUGCUUGAGAAGUGGCACACAUUCUAUAAAAUAAAGGUGAUAAGAGAAGCAGAGAACCUUACUACCACCCCAGUGCUGCAAAGUUUGCUGAAGUCUGCCAGGAAUCAAUGCAGUGAUGACUCUAAAAAGAACACAAAGAGGAUCAGUGCAGCUCAGGCUUUGGACCGAGUAGUUGUGUUUCACAAGUCAUGCAGGAGCUUAGAAGAACACUUGGAGAACCAAGAGGGGCAUCAGCAACCAUACCUUCUUGCUUCUGGAACCUGCAAGCAGGCCAUCAGCACUUACUACAUUGUGAUUGACAAGAAGCUCAUUCCAUGCCAGGAAACGACAUCAUUGGCAGCCUUUGAUGAACUAUUUAAAGCACACUUCGUUUUCAGUGUAAGCUAUGACGACGCUCUCAGCAACAUGUACACAUUCCUUCAGACAUCAGUCUAUAAUAUUGAUGUUGACUCCACUAAAGAAAGUCCAAAGGUAAGGGAAUUGAGAGCCAAGUUCUUAAACAAUGUAUAAGUGUUACAUUUGCAGUUCGUUGCACGAUGCACCUGGUGCAUUAAUUCAGCACCUCAAGCUUUUUCAUGGAUUAUAUCCUGGUAAGAAAUUUGUUAUUGUUUGUGUUCAGGACGGAUGUUCACUGCAGUUUAAAAGUUUUAGAGGUUUUAGAAAACAUUUAAUUAGUUAUCAUAACACUAAUGACAUUAGCACAAGCAGUGCUGUUGAUAUGCAAACAGCACAUCAGUCAGACUUUGGUGAACAGAGCUUACAAGAUGCAUCUGAAAUGGACUUAGAUGGGAUUCAUCAACAUUCAUCUCAUAUGUCAAGCAGUGCUGUUGAUAUGCAAACAGCACAUCAGUCAGACUUUGGUGAACAGAGCUUACAAGAUGUAUCUGAAAUGGACUUAGAUGGGAUUAAUCAACCUUUAUCUCUUAUGUCUAAAGACCAGGCAAAACUAAUGUGUGCUUCAGUUAUAGCAAAGUUACAGGCCAGUGGUGUUGCCAACAAUGUUGUGUUAUCUGUUGUUGAAAGUAUGGAGGAGUAUGUCAAUGAAGUCCAUGAAAAUCUUUAGGCACUGCACUUAGCACUUGUUCUUUGUGACAAUCCCAGUAGAAGUGCAGUGGAACAUGUUUUCAGCAAUACUUUCAAUCCGUUCAGUGACUUAAACACAAACUCUAAAUGGACAAAGUAUUUCAGUGAGAAAUGGGGUAUUGUGGAACCUGUAGAAGUUCACUUGGGCACCAGAUUUGAUUCAAAGAGAAACAAAGAAUCUAGUUUAUAUGAGCAAGUUCCUGUAAAUGACACUUUCAUUUAUAUACCUAUCUUAAAAACAUUGGAAUUCAUUUUUAGGAAUGAAGAAGUGUGUUGUCAAAUUAAUAAAUCUCACUCUAUGAAUCCCAGCCUGUACCAAGAUUUCAGUGAUGGAAAAUACUACAAACAUCAUCCAUUAUUUUCAAAAUACAAAAAUGCAUUGCAAAUUCAAGUUUAUUAUGACAACUUUGAAACCGCAAAUCCACUCCGCUCAAAACAAGGUAUCCAUAAGCUUGGAUGUUUGUAUUUUACACUACGCAAUUUACCACCACGUUUAAAUUCAUCUCUGAUGAAUAUCCAUCUCAUAUCUUUGUUUCAUUCCCAGGAUGCAAAAAAUAUGGAAUUGACA